AUGUUAUUUAUAUUAUUCAUUAUCCAAUCAAUAAAUGGAUAGUUAUGCGAAACAGCUGAACAAUUUUACAAUCCCUUGACAUCAAAAUGUGAAGCAUGUCCUGCUGGAACGGGAUUGAUAAAUAAUUAGUGUAUUUGUGAUUCGACCAUAAAUGGAGUGCCUGUAAACUCAGCAUGUCCUGCAGAAACUAAUUUGUGUGUAAGUGAUACAGGAUCUUGGUAAGGCUCAGCUUGCUCAUGUUCUGGUCAUGCAAUUACCCUCCCUACAAAUCUUUGCUAAUAAUGUCCUAACAAUUAGGUAAAUGUAAGUGGGAAAUGCUCAUGUUCGGCAUCUUCAUUAGCAAGCGAUAAUUAUUGUGUUGGCUUAUAUAUAAAUGUGUUUUCGGAUGAUAUAUCUCAAGUGUUGGGACCUAAAGCAUAUGAUGGAUGCAAUCUUUAUAAUGAUAUGGUAUCCUGUUAGUAGUUGGCAAAUCUAUUCAUUUUGAAACGAUCAACAGUGAGUACAGAAAAAGAUUUUACUUAUUUAUAUAAUGCGGUUCUGACAUUUUAAAAUAAAAAGAAUAUGCCAAGCAUCAUCCAUGAAGUUUCAACGACUGUUACUUCUGUAACAUUAAUAGAAGACACUCCUAUCUAAAUGUAGGUGAAUUUCAAAGAGGACAGAGCCACUAGUCUUAACAGAAUGCCAUUUUAUGUAAUGGAGUAUUACAUUGAUGGAAGUGUUAGUGAAUUAAAGCCUCUUCAGAAUUAGUUCUAAUUGUGCAGUUCCAGUUACGGAGAUACUGAUCUAGCAUCUAAUUUUGGAGUGUCUUACAAAAAUGAUUGCAAUGUUGACUUUACUAAAUAUUUGAAUAGCAAUUAUUAAACAGUAUUUUAUUCAGUAUGGAUAAAAGAUAUAGAUGGAAGUUUCAUUUAGGUGCCAAUAAAGAUUGCUGAUUACGAUGGCAAUGGAAAUGGGGAGACUGAAGAUUAGUACGGUUAUACCAAUACUAAGUUUUUGUGGAGAUUCUUUAUGGUUGACAAUUUAAAGAGUCCAUCAGAAAUCAUUUAUGCAAAAUCUAUUAGAUUGAUUAGUUAUUUGUCUACAAAAGAGGAUGAUAAGACUUUCCUACCAUACUUUUAUGUAAUUUAUAGUGAACCUAUUUCUAUUACUACCAUUGAAAAUGAGAAGUAUUAUCCUGUUAAAUAUGGUCACUAUUACUAUUAAGCUAAAACCAGUUUCUAUACGGUGGCUUCAGCCUUGUUGAUUGUUGCUCACAUAUUCAUUAUUAUUGUUUGGUUUAUACGUAUAUAUGUAUGGACUAAGAGGAAUCCCUCUUACACAGGUCAGAAUGAUUGGUGUAUGUAUUUGACCAUCAGAUCAUUUUAUGUCUUAUUAGACACUUGGGCAGAAGUAAUCUUUUAUUAUUUGGCCAUUUUCACAGGAUACUUGUUUUGUUUCUUUAAAUUCCAAUAGACCAUCUAUAUCUUGAUGCCUGAUCUUUCAGACUAUGCUAAUAAUUAUAGACCGUUUGAGAUCCUAUUUUACAUGAUGUUUGCUUGUAGAUUGAUAUCAAUGUUCAAUUUGAUUCUGAGAUAAGCUGAUGUUCAAGUGUUCUUUAUAGAUUGGGAGAAAUCUGAAGUCUUGAGACCAAGAGAAUUGGCAGAGAAACUAGAUAACAAUGUGUUGAGAAUGGUCGAAUAAGCUUAAUCAAAACAAAGUGCCUGGAGGAUGAUCUUGAUAGCAAAUGAAUUCAAUGAAUUACAAAUCUAUAGGAUAGUAAGUGUUGAAUGGACAUUGCUAUUUGUAGGAUUCUUUUUGGAAGGAUUAAAUUGGAUUAAUCUAGGAUAAGAGUAACCUAAUUUGUCAUUGGAUAAAACUAUUCCAAAGAAUUAUGUUCUAUAAUAUUUUUUGUGUACUUUUCUCUAUAUGGCAAUUGGAUUAGCUUAAAUCAUCAUUUAAAAACUGUUUGAUAUCUGGUUCCCCAUCCUCGUAGAAGAUUUUGUAGAUUUGUGUGCAAUAUCUAAUGUUUCCAUACUCAUUUUGGAUGAUGUCCUACAUGGAUACUACAUACAUGGAGAGAAUCCUAUUGGCUAUGCUGAGGGUUCAAGUGAGCAUCUUGCCAAUUGUCUACACUAUGAAGCAUUGGGUAAGGGAAAGAAAAGAGGGUUCAUCCAAGAAUCGUCUUUAUAACACUCAGAUGAUGUGGAUCUUCAAACCUUUGAGUUGUUUCUACCCAUGCGAUUCAGGGAGGCAUACGAGAAAGUCUACAAUCAGGAACUCAAACAAAAAACUGACAAUGCUCAAUAUCAGAAUUACAAUGAAAUUCGAGUUUUAAGACAGGGAGUUCCUGAUGGCUUAGAUAUGGCCUUGGUAUAAGCCAUCAAAGAUACAUUCUCAUUCUAUUUGAAGGAUGUUUUGACUUAAGUUCGAACUAACUUUGCAAAGUGUGUCAGAGACAAAUUGCCUGUCCAAAGAUUCUUUGAUUAUCCUCCUGCUGAUUUGGAGGAAAACUAUUUCAAAGAUCAAAGUAUGCCUGUUUUCUUCAGAGAUCCAGAUCAAUCAUUUAAAUCCAUGUUCUUCUGUGGACAUGAAUUCUUUUUCUUGAUUACGGAUACUAUGAUCUUCAACUUUUGGAUGAUUCUCACCAAUAAUACAUACCUUUCAUUGAUGUUAACUUAUUUGAUUUCAGCUGGGAUAUUUAAUUUCCGUUAAUGGGUAGGAGAACGCAAUUUGGCUGAUCAGUCUAAAAUCGAUUCUAGAUUCUUGAUAUGA